AUGGCAUCUACUACGGUAGGGAAGCCGGUUUUCUCCAGACCGCCAAGUGCACGCUCAAGUACAAGAGCCUACGUCAAGUGCCCCAAUGAAGACAAGGUCGUCUGCGCGAUCGAGACCAAAGGCGACAAACCCAUCUACUUCCGCAACCAGUGCUUUCUUGACAUUGGCAAGUGCCUCAACUCUGGCCUGAGCACGCUCUCCGCAAGAGCAAACCCAAGCCGCUCUCGGCCGACAAUGCCUUGCGGCCACCCACGCGACAAAGCCGACGCCGCUGGCGGUCCCGACGACGUCUGGGACGCCACCGACUUUUACAUUGACGAAGACGUCUCGGUCGACGGAGAGAUGCCCGAGACAGCCAAUGGAACCAUGACAACG